AUGUUGCGCAGGGUCCUCGCCGGAGCGAUCGCGCGCCUCUCCGGCCCCGGAUUCUCCAACCCACCGCCGAGGAGACGGCCUCUCCUCCCGCCCAACGCCCCGCGCCUCUCCACCGCGCGGGUGCCGUCCGGCGGCGGCGAGGGCAGCGAGGGGGAGGAUGACGACGACCCGUUCUCCUUCCCGGACCAGCAGCAGCUCCCGCCGGACGUGGCGCGCGGCGUGGACGCCGUCGUCGCGGCGGCCGAGGGCGCCCACCUGGACGCCGCGCGCGCCGGGGCGCUCCUGGAGCAAUGCGGCGCCGCGGCCUCGGAGACGCUCGUGGUGGCCGCGCUCUCGCGCCUCCGCAACAGCUGGGCCGCCGCGCACGCCGCAUUCCGGUGGGCCGCCGCGCGGGGGCGGCCGCAGCCCGGGUACGCCCCCGGGCGCCACGCGUGCCACUCCAUGCUCGCCAUCCUCGCCAGGCACCGCCGCUUCGACGACGCGCGCGCCCUGCUCGACGAAAUGCGCCGCAGGUCGCUCGCGUCGCCGAGGGCGGUGCUCCUCCUAAUCCGGCGCUACUGCGCCGCGCGGGACGUUGCUAGCGCGAUCGCCGCGUUCCGCGCACUCCCGAGCUUCGGCAUUGAGCCCGGGGUCGUCCAGUUCCAUGGCCUCCUCGGCGCCCUCUGCCGGUACAAGAACGUCAAGGACGCGGAGCACCUGCUUCUGUCCAGCGAGAGGGAGUUCCCGUUCGAGACCAAGGGCUUCAACAUCGUGCUCAACGGCUGGUGCAACAUGGUCUGCAGCGUGCGGGAGGCCAAGAGGUUUUGGACCGUCAUGGAGCUCAGGGGUGUCGCGAGGGACGUUGUGUCUUAUGGGAGUAUGAUCUCGUGCUUCUCGAAGGCUGGGAGCUUGGAUUCGGUCAUGAAGCUCUUUAACCGCAUGAAGGAGGCCGGCAUCGUGCCAGACCGGAAGGUGUACAAUGCAGUUGUGCACGCGCUCGCUAAGGGACGGUGUGUGGACGAGGCAAGGGCUCUUGUCCGGAGCAUGGAGGAGAAGGGGGUUACACCGGACACGGCCACUUACAACUCCCUCAUUCGGCCUCUUUGCAAGGCUCGUCAGGUCCAGGAGGCAAGGGAGAUGUUUGAUGAGAUGGUAGGAAGGGGGCUGUUGGCAUCAGUGAGGACAUUCCAUGCAUUGUUCGAUGUUGCUACGAGCCCCACUGAGGUCUUUGAUCUGUUGGAUAAGAUGAAGACACUGCAUUGCGAGCCAGAGAUGGACACUUAUAUUAUGUUGAUCCGGAAGUUCUGCAGGUGGAAGCAGCACGACAGUGUGGAGAAACUGUGGAACGCAAUGCCUGCAAACGGGCUGACCCCUGAUCGGAGUGCGUACAUUGUGUUCAUACAUGGAUUGUUCCUGAAUGGGAAGCUAGAGGAAGCUGCAAAGUAUUAUGAGGAGAUGAAAGCCAAGGGAUUUUCACCUGAGGAGAAGACUGAAUCAAUGAUACAGGCGUGGCGUUCAGGCAGAGAGCUCGCCAAGGCGUCAGCUUCUGCCGGUUCAAGAAGUGGUUCGGUGUCUCUCAAAGUAACUCGUAGAGAGUGGUAAAGAUGAAGACCACUUGGAAGUGAUCUAUAGAAACAGACAUGGGUGUCGUUUUGGAGUAACUGGUAAACUUUGGAGAGAGAUUAUUUGGUUAUUCCUAAAGAUGAGUCUGAUUACCCUUGAGUGAUCUUCAUCUACGUUGUUGUGGCCGGUUUGGUCAAGGAAGCCACGCUUGCAAGGGCCCUGACUUUCGUUAAGAGUUGUCAGCCAUGACCUCAGCUGAGGGUAUGCUGUUCGGUUUCCUUUGUUCAAGUCUGUAUCAAACUUUCUUCCUUCUAAUAGAAUGGGCAGAGCUCUGCCGUAUUCGAAAGUAGUAUGUUUGCCCAGUUAUUUUCAUUCUCACUAGAUUGCUUGGUUGUAGGUUGGAAUUAGAAAGUGCAAACUAUGGUUUAUCCUGUUUAAACUUGGAUAGGCAUCACUUUGCUGUAA